GCACCGAACAACCCGACCGGAAGAUGCUAUCCACCUGAGCAUCCAACUGGCUCUCGUCUCCCACCACAGUCCGCCCCAUCGCUCCGCAACCCUCCGGCCGAACCAACAAACCGAUCAAUCGAUCGAUCAAUCCAUCAAUCAAUCACUCACUCACUCAUCCCCUCCCCUCCCCUCCCCUCCUCGCGCAUUUCUCGAAGAAAACCAAUCGAAAACCUCGCCCUGCUCUUGCCUCCGGGCCCGAUGUCCGCAGCGCCAUGUGUUGCGUCUCCUCGAAAUCCCCGACUGUCAGCACCGAGCGCAUCACUCGAGCAGCAGCAGCAGCCGCCAAAUUGGAGGACCUCAGUGGCGACCGCGUAGAAGCGGCAGACACCACGUCGUGGACGCAGUAGAAAAGCACGGCGUACGCGAGCUCCACUGUGUAGCGGAGUUAACUGUGCUGGCGCGGAGGGGAGGGGGAGGUGUGGGGCCCACGACAUCCUCCGAUUCAACUUUCAACUGGUAUGGAUCAUAACGCUCUUGGCGUCGCAGGAGCGUCGGAGGAGCGUGUGCUUCCCUCGAGCACUGGUUCUUGUUCGUAACGUCAGGCUGCUGUCGGCGCGCGCAAUUCUUGCAGGCCGCGGAUUGAAUUGGACCCGUCGCUCUCGCUGCUGCUCAGAUUGUUUUUUUCGUUGUUGCUGCGGGAGGAGCCCUCGCGGAGUCGCGACUAUGGCGACGAUGGCCUCGACGGCGUCUCAGCAGCUGAGAGCCUUCGGGUGCGCUCUCGUGCAGCUCCGGCGACCCCGCGUCGCUUGCAAUGUGGUGAAAAUUGUUUGUUUCCAGAUUUCGGACUGUGAUUUGAAAAUGGCCGGAUUUUCUCCAUCUUCUGGCGCCUUUGGGACGAAAGCGGCCGCGAGGAGACCUCAAUUGCUAAGCGGACAGAGGAAAAGGAUGACCUUUUCGACAAAUGCUCUGCCCGCGGACACCUACUGGAUUACGGUGGUCCAAGCUCUCGGAGUAUCCGUGUUCAUGGCUUUAGCAGCCGUGAUUUCGGGUGUAGUUAUCAACGUCGGACUCGAGGUCAAAGCCGUGAAAGAGUUUGCAGAAUUAGAUAAGCAAGGCCUGUUCAAAGAAGAAGAUUACCAACUGGUUCCAGACGAAGAUUUUGGAAGCUUCGAGAAUGAAGAAGCAUUAUAUAUAUUCACCAACAAGGAUAUGGCAGGCAACCGCAGUCCUAGGAAUCGACCAGUACGUGAAGCGGAGCAACAGGAGUUACAGGAAGUGCCUACCGACCAAUAGUUAGUUCGGGACGAUAGAAAUGCUGAUUGUCUAACAAAUUUCGUAUGCUUGGAAUCGUCAUAUGUCAAUUUAACUGGCGGUGCCCAAAAUCACUGAUAAACAGUAAAUGAUCAGAUCGAAGCUUCAAAUGUUACUGAGCUGUGAUACUUCCGUGGGCAGCUGUAGAUGGCUUAGUUUUAGGGACACAAUGUUGUAUUAUGCAUUUUUGCCCACGUUUUGUGGGCAGGGGAGCAGGUGAGCAAUUAUAGUCGUUUAGGAGCUAUAUAAACUUCAGGCAUCAGAUCAUCAACUGAUCAGAACUGUUGACGCAGAGAUACGCAGUACUCAGGUAGAGCUUCGCUGCUUUUGUCACUAGUGGAUGUAGACCGUAAGUGUAUCAUAAUGAAAUUCAGCUCUUCUUUUCAUUACGUCA